CUUUGUUUCCCUUCCUCCACCAUCUGCCACUAUCAAUUGUUCCACCAGCCCUAUAAAUCUCUCUUCUCUUCGCUCUCUCAAGAUGCAAAUUCUAGACUAUGAUUUUCCCAUCGGCCGUAACACCUCGUUGUGCCGAUCGGCAGACGACCCCACCUCGAAAUUAUGCGAUGGAACGAAUGACCACAAGCACGACACAGUCGUGAAGCGUAUCGGUUCUUCGAUGGACUGCAAAUGGUCCGGUCCAGUCUCUCCACAAGAAUUCCUCGACAAGUUUCUCGACGUUGUGGUAGCCAAAGCGAUGCCAAAUCUCACUCACAAUCGCCAGAUGGCUCUGAAGGCAGCUGUUACCGGGAGUUCAGACCCUUGCGAGGGUCAUCAGGUCGGGCACCACGAACGUUUCUCUUACGGUCCAUUGAUUGAGGCCGUGAAAGAAUAUUGCCCAAAAUUGAAGCUCGAGAAGACUGCAGAUACUCCGGAGACCAUACUCUGGAGCAAGCGUAGCAUCAAAAUCAAGCCUGACAUCACAGCAUACGACUCAACCCAAUCACCGAAGGUUCGAAAGACGGAUCUAAGUCUAGCUGAAAUUCUCUUCGAGAUCAAAUCCAGAAACGGUGUUGAUCCCUUCGCGAAAAUCGACGCUGGGCUCUCAAACAAUGUCGAAGCCGAUGACACGCUCGAUCAGAUAUCUACCUAUGCCGGUGCCCUCCUUGCUAGACAGUUUCGGACCCAUUGCUUCUCAGUAUUCAUCUUCGGCGAACAUGUUAGGCUGGUUCGGUGGGACAGAGGGGGUGCCACUUUCACCGACAAGUUCCACCUUUGGGAAGAGCCCUUCCUUUUGGAUUUCCUUUGGCGGUACAGUUCGGCUGAUAGGGAGACUCGCGGUAAUGACCCAUCUGUGGUCGCUCUCAAUGAGAAGGACGCAGUUGGAAAGAGACGGGCUUCACGGGCGAGGGAGAUCUUGAAGAUGGAGAAAAAGGAAAAGGUGUACGAAUUUACUGUUGACGAUGAGGCAACGAAGAAAAAGCGCGUGUUUUACGGUGGGAAUGUGGUAAUGAAAACACCACCAACCCCCACUGGGCGCUCGACUCGUGGAUUUCUGGUGACCACCUUGGAUGCGUUGGACUUGAUUGGGUCCGUUGCAGAUUGGUCGUGUCAUAUUCACUACUUGAAGGAAACCUGGCGGAUUCUCUUGGAUGCGUUGGAGCCUGAAUGGAAGAUUUAUCAGCGACUUAAAGGAGUCAAUGUUCCUCAUGUGCCAACGAUCCUCGCUUCGGGUGAUGCUGUGGGCAAGUGGCAGUCAACGGUUACGGGAACGGUCGCAACGAAGAACUACGGGCGCGAUAUACGCAGGCAUUACCAUUGCUAUGUGGUCAUGAAGGAAGUUGGACGCCCCUUGACGGAUUUCAAGAUUCAAAAAGAGCUUGUGGGUGCUAUGAGAGACGCAUUGAAAGCGCAUCAAGCAGCCUACGAAGGGGCAAAUGUACUCCAUCGCGACGUUAGCGUCGGCAACAUUCUGAUCUAUGGGCAAGGCGGCCUCCUUAUCGAUUGGGAAUUCAGCAAAGUUGUUCAACCUCGUAUGUCUGAUACGCCACGCCUAGAUGAGCGAACGGGGACAUGGCAGUUUAUUUCUGCUCGCAUUCUGUUAUUAACGGGACAGGAUAUGUUGCAUACUGUUGCCGAUGACCUCGAGUCUUUCUUCCACGUCUUGUGCUGGGUGGCGAUACAAUACGUCGAACAUAAGCUAUCUGAUAAGACGAUCAUUACUUUCAUGCGUUCCGUAUAUGACCAUUCAACACAAGAAAAUGGGAGGGAUACUGGUGGGAAAAACAAACAAAGUGCAAUACUUUUGAAGGACUUUUCCGGAUACGUGGGGUUCCGAGGUGGUCCUUUGUCUCAAAUGAUUGAGGCGAUUGAACACAUUCUCUGCUGCUGGUACCAGUCACUCAAUGCCAGGGCCAAUCCGCUCAAUUUGACUCUAGACGAGGUUGUUUUGUAUCUGAAAGGUCAAGGCAUUCCAGAAUCAGUGUACUCCAAAUUUCGUGUCACAGGAAGAGCAUUCAUCGAAUUGGAUCGCCACGCCGUUCAAAGCAUCCUUGAACCCGGAAACUCUGGUUACUUCCAGGAGAUUCUUCUCAUUGUCGAUAACUUGAAGGAGAAAGCCCGAUCCAGAGACGUGAACGAGGUACCCGAACUCCGCAAUCACGACUGGAUGCUGCAAAUGUUCAACGUCGCUCUGGAUUCACUGAACCAACGACAAGAAGAUGUUCAGCGCGCGGUUCACCGAAACCUCUGGGGUGCUGUGAAGGCCGCUCGUUCUCGCGAGGCCCGGGAGGAAAAGAAGAGAACGUGGCUCGAAGAGUACGAAAAGAACAAAGCCUCAAAUCCAGCGAAUAAUGCCAAUGAAGAGGUCGAGGAAGACACUGAAGCCCCUCCCAAGAAGAAGCCAAGAACACUCGCAAGUCGGUCCACCAGUAGGGCUCGCCAAGGGCGGUCGAAUCCUCAUGCUGGCCCUUCUUCGAUUCAUCAGCAGUCAGGGGACGCAGCGGGUGGCCAUCGAGAUGAACAUCCCAGGAAACGUUCGAGGUCCGGAGGACGCCAUCAACAGUUUCAUUCUUCUUCGAACCAGUCAGCGAACGGCCUGCGUCGCAGUACACGUCUGAGAGAGAAGUCGCAGAAUGGAAGAUUGUCGAGGCCGGGAUCUCGCGGUUGAAUCUCAUCCUUCACUUUUCAUUAUUUAGUACAUGUCCACUUCUAUUCUCGGGAUUUCCCACUACACUAACGAAUAUUCCCAUUUCUGUGCUUUCCUAUUUGCUAUCACGGAGUCGUUCUAUCCACGAAUCUUUGUAUAUCUACUAGACUAGAAUCCUCAUCGUAGUCGCAACAUCUCAUCAGAAUGUAGCAAUAGCAUACCUUUUAUGAACUCAUCUGUAUAAUUUAUGUUACCA